AUGCCAUAUUCACCGCCUCCUAACUUCUCCUGGGUAGAGCCAAACAAACUGGCUGGCCUGGCAAUGCCUAGGAUGACGGCUCACUAUCAGUACCUUCUAGACAAUGGCAUUACACAUCUAGUGAGCCUAUGUGAAAGAAAACCCCCAUAUCACGAUACAUGCCCAGCACUGACGCUUCAUCACAUCAAAAUACAUGACUUUUGUGCUCCCACCUUUGAUCAAAUCCAUCGCUUCUUGAGUAUCGUUGAAGAGGCUAAUGCCAAGGGGGAGGGGGUUGCUGUCCACUGCAUGCAUGGCCAUGGAAGGACAGGCACAAUGCUGGCCUGUUAUCUGGUGAAGACGAAGAAAAUCAGUGGGAUAGAGGCCAUUAGAGAGAUCCGCAGGAUCCGUAGCGGCUCUAUAGAAACUAGUGAACAGGAGAAAACUGUUGUACAGUUUUACCAACAAAUCAAAUGACAUCAUGAUGACUUCUCAUUUCAGUGCAACUAUUAAACACCUAUCUGUUACCGCUUACUAACUGGUAUGGAUCUUUGGCAGCCUUUCUGCCAGGUUCUUUUGCAAUACUGUGCAUUUGUGUAUAAAUCAAUAAGCCCAACAAGUCCCAAUAAAUGUUAUUUAUUGACUGA